GGACUUAAAGGCUAUACUAUCCAAAAAGUUUCAAUGGCAACUUGGUUUUUAAGAAGUUCGAAUAACCAUGGUGUCAUACGAAAGCUGCUGAUGGCUUUUUCCGGCAAGUCUACCACCACCGUCGUACGGAGAUGUUUCGGGUCAAUGGAAGCUGGACAAAAACUGGAUCCAUACAAUUGUGACGAUGAUUAUCGUGAAAAUAUUGGUCACCAAAAUCAGGAUUUGGAUUUUCCAGGUGGAAAAAUUCCAUUGACAUCACAAAUGAAGUUUAUUUCAGAAGCAUCCGCUAAGAGAUUACCAUGUUAUCGAGUUCUACAUGACGAUGGAUCUCUAAUUUCUAAUACCAUACAUGAUCAGUUAGGGGAAGAAGUAGCUGUGAACAUGUAUAGUGCCAUGGUUACUUUGAAGACAAUGGACACUUUCCUUUAUGAAGCACAAAGGCAAGGGAGGAUUUCUUUCUAUAUGACCACUUUUGGUGAAGAAGCUAUCAACAUUGCUUCUGCUGCUGCUCUAUCUCCACAUGACUUUGUAUUACCUCAAUAUCGAGAAGCAGGGGUGUUACUAUGGCGUGGCUUCACCGUGCAAGAAUGCACAAAUCAAUGUUUUGGGAAUAAGGAUGAUAAAGGAAAAGGCAGGCAAAUGCCAGUACAUUAUGGUUCUAAUAAACAUAAUGUUAUUACCAUAUCUUCACCUUUGGCCACUCAGAUAUCUCAGGCUGCUGGUGUGGCUUAUUCUUUGAAAAUGGAUAAAAGAGGUGCUUGUGCUGUUGCUUAUACAGGGGAGGGUGCAACUAGUGAGGGAGAUUUUCAUGCUGGAUUGAACUUUGCAGCUGUUAUGGAAGCUCCUGUUAUCUUCAUAUGUCGGAAUAAUGGAUGGGCCAUAAGCACCCCUGUACAUGAACAGUUUCGAAGUGAUGGCAUUGUGGCAAAGGGGCUAGGUUAUGGAAUAAGAAGUAUUCGCGUAGAUGGGAAUGAUGUUAUUGCAGUUUAUAAUGCUGUUCGUGCAGCUCGUAAUAUGGCAAUUAGUGAGGAAAGACCAAUACUAGUUGAGGCAAUGACGUAUCGAGUAGGACACCAUUCGACGUCUGAUGAUUCCACAAAGUAUCGGCCAACAAAUGAAAUAGAAUACUGGAAAACAGCCAGAAGCCCCAUUGCCAUAUUCAGAAAAUAUAUUCAGAGAAAUGGUUGGUGGAGUGACGAUCAAGAAUCUGAACUCUACAGAGAUGUCAAGAAACAGGUAUUAGAGGCAAUUAAAACAGCAGAAGGAAUGGAGAAACCUGCAUUGACAGAAUUGUUUAGUGAUGUGUACGAACAAAUGCCACCUAAUCUCCAUGAACAAGAGAGGUCUAUUAGAGAUGCAAUCAACAAAUAUCCUAAAGACUACCCUACUAGUGAUUUUCAUGUAUGCAAAUGAUGUAGUAUCGUUUUC